AUGUCUAUUCCUAUCUAUUUAAGAUUGUUCAUAUCUAUCUCACUAUCCCAGUGCACUCAUAUCUAUUUCAUCUCUUCCUAUCUAUCUAUCGCAGUCUCUUCCUAUCUAUCUAUCGCAGUCUCUUCCUAUCUAUCUAUCGCAGUCUCUUCAUAUCUAUCUAUCGCAGUCUCUUCAUAUCUAUCUAUCGCAGUCUCUUCAUAUCUAUCUAUCGCAGUCUCUUCAUAUCUAUCUAUCGCAGUCUCUUCAUAUCUAUCUAUCUAUCGCAGUCUCUUCAUAUCUAUCUAUCUAUCGCAGUCUCUUCAUAUCUAUCGCAGUCUCUUCAUUAUCUAUCGCAGUCUCUUCAUAUCUAUCGCAGUCUCUUCAUUAUCUAUCGCAGUCUCUUCAUUAUCUAUCGCAGUCUCUUCAUAUCUAUCACAGUCUCUUCAUAUCUAUCUAUCUAUCGCAGUCACUUCAUAUCUAUCUAUCUAUCGCAGUCUCUUCAUAUCUGCAUGUAGUCAUUUUUCUUUUCUUUCUUUUUUUUUUUACUUUCUCAUUUCUUUCUUUUUACUUUUUUUUCAUUCCCUUUUGUAUAUCAUUUGUUCUUUUUUUUCUAUUAUAGAGUUCUUCCCUUUAGGUAUUUAUUCUCCUCUUUUGUUAUUUUCUUUCUUUUCUUUCCUUUUACAUUCUUUAUUUUCUUUCCUUUUUCUUCUUCCAAUUUUUAAGAUACUUCCCUAUUCGUUUUCUUUCCAUUUUCUUUCUUUUUUUUUUUUCCAUUUUCUUCUGCUAAUUUUUAAGGUAUUUUCCUCUUCUUUUUUCUUUCUUUUCUUUACUUUUUUUUCUACCAAUUUUAAAGAGAGUUUUCUCUUCAUUUUUCUUUCAUUUUUCUUUAUUUUCUUUCUUUUCUUUUCUUUUACAAUCUUCAUUUUCUUUCCUUUUUCUUCUUCCAGUGCUUUCCUCCUUUUUCUUUCUUUAUCUUCUUUCUUUUCUUUCCUUUUUCGUCAACCAAUUGAAAGACUUUUCUCUUCUUUUUUCUUUCAUUUUUUUUAUUUUCUAUCUUUUCAUUCCUUUUUCUUUCGUUUUUUAAGAUCCUUCCCUAUUCUUUUUCUUUGUUUUUUCUUUGUGCUUUCCUCCUUUUUCUUUACUUUUUCUUUAUUUUCUUUCCUUCUUCUACCAAUUUUAAAGAUACUUUUCUCUUCUUUUUUCUUUCAUUUUUCUUUAUUUUCUUUUCCUUCUAUCAAUUUUAAAGAGACUUUUCUCUUUUUUCUUUCUUUUUUCUUCUCCCAAUUUAUAAGUUACUUUCAUCUAUUUUCUUUUUCUUUCAUUCUCUUGCUAUUUUAUCUUUCAUUCUUCUUCCAUUUCAUAAAAAUCUUUUCCACUACUUUCUUCUUUCUCAUUUUUCUUUACUCUUUCUUUUUCUAUUUCUUGAAAGUGUCUUUCUAUCCAUUUUUUAUUCUUUCUUUUUCUCCUUUUUUUUUUACAGUUCCUUUCCCCUUCUUUGUUUACUUUUUUUUUAGUGAUUUUUCCUUUACUUUCUAUUUUCUUUUUUUAUAUCUUUAUCCUCGUUUUAUUUUCACUGUUAUUUUCUUCUUUGUUUCUUUCAUUUUUUUCAUCAAUUUUCCUUUACUUUCACUUUCUUUCUUUUCUUUCUUUUUUGCAACUCUUUACCUUCACUUUCACCUUUUCUUCUUUUUCCUAUUUUUCUCCUCCUUCCAUUUCUAA